AUGAACCUGAGCCUCCCUGACCAGAACAUGCACAACCCCAGUGACGGUGGUCUGGAGGAUAACAAGGCUGGGCUCAUGAUCCCCUGCUUCCGUAGAAACAUGUACGAUGAGCCUCUAAUUUCAUACUCCAAUGGAUCCAUCAUCUCUCACCUCCUGCGCAAAACCAUCCACAACAAGAAGGCUCUGGACGAAAGCCAUUUCUACCUACCCACAUCGACUGUGUCCAGCUCCACAAUGGCUGACUCCAGUCAGGAGGACCAGAGCAGUGUCUCGUCCAAGGACAGCGCGGCAGAGUCUGCAUCCCCAGGCAGGCACCUCUCGACCAGGGUCAGCCCUGAGGAGGACAGGCCCCUGAGUGAUCACCUCCAGGCCAAGCGUGCCCGUGUGGAGAACAUCAUCCGCAGUAUGGCGGGGUCUCCCAACAGCAGGCUCCAUGGGGACAGUGAAAGGGCUGAGUCAGACACCAGGGAGGCUAGAGAGGCCUACAGGGAGAACAAACGUAAACAGAUGCUCCCCCAGCAUCAGGAGCACAGUCUCAAUGUGGCAGCUCCAGCUAACAGAGGCAGCAGUAGCAGCAGCAGCAGUAAGGAUGAAGAGUGCCACAAACUGAAGGUGCAGCUCCAGAGCAUGCAGAGAAUCCUUAGACAGCUCCAGGAUAAGUUUUUACAGGUUUAUAACCAGGACGACGCUGUGCACGAAGACAGAGAUGACACAGGCACAGCCAGCCCUCCUGAAAAUGAUGACACCACACCAAGCAAAGAGUCUGGGUUCAUGUUCCGUAUAAACAUGGAUGAGGAGUUAGAGAGGAAGCAUGACAGUGGUAAAGGGGACUGUAAGGACAGAGUGAAGACAGACAGAAGUUAUCUGACACAUCAAAGGGGAGGCAAGAACCUACAGGAGACUCUGAAGCAUGAGCUCUCCAAAGCGAUGAGUGAGAGUGUAGAUAGGGUGUUCAAGAAACUCUCCUCCACGGGGCUCAACCAGUCAUCUCAUCAGCGCAUGUGUCACACCCCAGAGCACGUCAUUAUGGGAGCUGAGAGGAAGAGCCAGGUACCCUGUAACCAGGAGCAAUCACACACUGAGGAGCCAGUCAAACGCCAGGCUCUAGAGCGCUAUGAGAGAAGUGAGGCUUGCAGUCCUAAGGAUCAGACCGAAGCUCUGUCUCUAGUGGUCCGUAAGCCGCCCCUGAGCCAGCUUAGCUCAGUUACCCCGACAGUGAAGAGGCCCUAUCCCUUACACCAGUCUCCAUUCCAGUUCAACUACAGCACACCUCUCCAUGACAGUCAAAUGCUGGAACACCUCCUCAAAUACGGGCCCCACACUAACUUCGGAGGUCUCCCAUGCAUGCCCCCAUCCAUGGACAGAACGUCCCCAGACUCAGUGGACCUACCCUGGUCCAUGAGGUCCAAAGUGACAUCCAGCCACCUGGCCCACCACCAUCACCCAUCAGGCCUGGGUCCAGUGACCGUAGACAGUCUGUGUCUCCCUCAUGUCAAGAUGGAGUGUGGGGACCUGCAGAGCAUAGCAGAGAGAAACUCCUACAUGUCUCUCAACAUCCAGCAAGGCCUGACCCCCAACCAUCUGAAGAAAGCUAAGCUGAUGUUCUUCUACACCCGUUACCCCAGCUCCAAUGUGCUGAAAACCUUCUUUCCAGAUGUCAAGUUCAAUCGCUGCAUCACCUCUCAGCUCAUCAAGUGGUUCAGUAACUUCCGUGAGUUUUACUACAUCCAGAUGGAGAAGUUUGCCCGCCAGGCCAUAGUGGACGGGGUCAGGGAUGUGAAAGACAUGUCCAUCAGCAGAGACUCUGAGCUGUUCAGAGCCCUCAACAUGCACUACAACAAAGCCAAUGACUUCCAGGUUCCUGAGAGAUUCCUUGAGGUUUCUGAAAUUACUCUUCAGGAGUUUUUCAACGCCAUUUCAACUGCUAAAGAUUCUGACCCCUCUUGGAAGAAGGCAAUCUACAAGGUCAUCUGUAAGCUGGACAGUGAUGUCCCAGAUGAGUUCAAAUCAUCCACCUGCCUAUAG